AUGGCAGGGCAGCCCAACAUCUCCUCCAUCCUAGCUAAUCUAGGUGGACAGCAGCCGAAUGCUCGACCAAUUUAUCCCCCAAUGCCACAACAGCCCCAAUCCCAGCCAUUUCUGCCUCAAUAUCCUCCUCACCCUCAACCGCAGCCGUCAUAUCCUCCACCAUAUCAGGUUCCGCAGCCAUCUGUUAUGCCCCAACCCAAAGGCUCGGGAAUGAUAAAUCUUUAUGAUAUAAAGCCCGUCAGUUCGGGUUCGGUGAACCUUGAGAGCGUGCCUGCCGCAAGACCAUCGUAUCAUGCUGUUAACCCCCAAUCCGGGUAUGCUCCAAGAAGAUCGCGAUCUAGAUCUCCAUUACGAUCAAGCAUAGAUCACUACCACAGUGGCCAAGACUCAUACCGUGCAGACCGCUGGAUUGAUCCGCAAGUAGCUCGCGUGCGUGAUAUGUCUCCAGUCCUGCGAGAUUCCUCCAAGCAGCGGCAAUCGCCUUUGACAGGUAGACGCAUCUCUGGCCCUGGUUCGUCAUCUGGCAAUGAUACUCAUACGGAGGCUGUGAUGAUAGACUCAUCCUCGGUGGGCUUGGUCAUUGGACGGCAAGGUGAAAAUAUGAGAAAGCUCGAAGCUAAUACGCGAACAAGAAUCCAAUUUGCUCCAGCUGCUGAAAGCAAGGGCCUGAUGCGUCGAUGCACAAUCACCGGCAGCAGAGAGGCAAUUGAGAAUGCUAUCAAUGAAAUCAACCGCACGAUGGAAGAGCAUGACCAUGCAGCCAAUGUCAGUUCAAGUAGAGCACCUCCCCCGCCUGGCCGGAAUCUCGAGGCUUCUCUGAACGGGGCGCGAAACUCUCCUGCUGCCAAAGAAGGAAAUACCCUCGUUAUCAUGGUCCCAAGCAAGACCGUCGGAUUGAUUAUUGGCAAGGGCGGCGAAAGCAUCAAAAGUAUCCAGGAUCGGAGCCAUUGCCAUGUGAACAUCAUGCCCGAAGAUCAAAAUGUCAAUGGAAUGAGACCAAUUCAUCUGAUUGGUACUUCACAACAGGCCGGCAUAGCUCGCAACAUUAUCAUGGAUAUUGUUCAUAACGAUUCCAAAGCUCUUCCGCAGGAAACAGCCGCCUCCAGAGAAGGCGUGAACGCAAUGGCUUUAGGGAUCCGUGGCGGCAACGAGAAGACAACCGUCAACAUCCUUGUGCCAUCCGAAGCUGUUGGCAUGAUCAUCGGCAAAGGUGGGGAGUCUGUGCGUGAUAUGCAAGAUGUGACGAGCUGUAAAAUCAAUGUUUCACAACCAUCUGGACGAGAUGUCCAACGUGACAUUGAGCUGAUAGGCUCACGUACAUCGAUUGAGCAGGCAAAAGCCGCCAUAAUGGAGAAAGUUCGCGCUGUGAAGGAGAAGAACAACAGCCGUAAUGGAGGCCAAGCGCCUCGUAUUGACUCACCCCACAUCUCAAACAUUCCUAGGGAGGUUCCAAUUCCACAAUCACAACCGCUUCUCGAAGAAAGCGAGCCUCCUGGUGGGCACGAGGCAUAUGCCGCUUACGGAGGCUAUCAGAACUAUGUUGCAUUGUGGUACGCAAGUACUCAGGGCAAGCAAGCCCAACAGAAUCCGUCUGCUCCGUCCUAUGGCGCUCCUGGGCCUUCUUACUCGUGA